GGUAGUGACACUUUCCUGAAUAGGAAGAAGAAGAGGCCAAAGAGAAGAGACAGAGUAAGAUGGAGGUGUAGAGGGAAGGACAGAGAGGAAAACAUAUCUGGUCAUCAGUGUGUUGAGAGUUGUGUGGGAGCAAAUAAACAGUUACGCCACUGAGGUCAAAGGUAAGGAAAGGAAAGGAGGGUGAAGAGGAACACAAACAGAAGAGUAGAGAGAGCUUUAAGGAAAAGAGUGGUGUACAAGUUAAAAAGCUGGCUGUGGAGAGACAGAAAGCCAGUGAGUGAGGGAGGGAGAGAGGAGUAAUGUGUGUGACAGUGUGAGCCGUCAGCACCAUGAGGCCACUCCGAUUACUCCGUGUUUACCUGCUUCCUGCCUCCAUGUUGGCUCUGCUGCUAUUUGUGAGUUCAUACUGGCUACCUCAGGGGUCCCCGGAGGGUUGUGAUUCAAUCUGGAGACCCUGCCUCAGUGUAUACAGCCAAACAAGCAAGCCAGAGGCUCAUGAUACAGCUGAUGACCAUAUUGCUGAGAAUGACAUCCUCGUGGAGGAGUGUCCUGGUCAGGACUUCCAGGUGUCCCGUCUCUAUUCACACCUGACCCAUGCCUUAGGCCCCGCCUCUGAUGUCAUACUGGAUGAAUACCUGUCUAGCUGGGAGGAGCUUAUCAAGUUUAUGAACUCCCUUGGCGCUCUUGUGAGCUUCUUCUCCCCAAAAGUCCAGGAAAAGAUCACUCUCUUGCGUGAUCUCUCCUCUCCCACCUCCCACACCGCCCGGAGUGCCCUGUGGCAGCAGCACCGCAACAGUGGCGCUGCUGGAGAUGCCCCCUGCCCCCUGGACGCAGACACCUACCACUCUGUCCGCUCUCUGCUGGACGGUGAGCUGGCUGCCGGCGUGGUGGACUUUGAGCGGCAGACUCCGUCGGGCAGCCGCACUCUGCUGCGGCUCCACCGGUCACUGCUGUGGCUGCGGCUGCUCCUGGACAAGCUCCGUCAGGGCCCCGACGCCGAGGGCCGCCUGCGCGCGCCCGGGGAGCUGUGCCGCGAGGCCUACCGCGAGGCCCUGGCACCGCACCACCCCUGGCUCCUGAGGCAGGCCGCCGAGGUGGCAUUCGGUGCCAUGCCGGCCCGGAGGGUGUUCCUGGAGCUGGUGUGCGUGACCUUGCAGGAGGAGGCCGAGCCGGUGAUGCGGACACUGGUCACUGCCAUCAAGAGAGUGCAUCGCAGGACUCAGAGGAUGCUGGAGGAGAGGGGCAUGAUGGAGCUGCCCUAGGGAUGAGGAGGAGAGGGGUAUGAUGGAGCUGCCCUAGGGAUGAGGAGGAGAGGAGU